UACUUCAUCAUAAUUAAUUCACUCUCUCACUAUCCCCCUAUCUAUUUAUGUUGUACUCAGAUAAAACCUAUUUGCUCUUGAGACUGGGAAUACCAGUAGACUAUUAUUGAUCUUCAUCAAUGGCGGAUCCCUCGGAGAUCUCCUUCGCCAGAAUAUUCGUCUGCAGCGCUUUCGCUGCUUGUGUUGCCGAGUUUUGUACCAUUCCUUUAGAUACAGCUAAAGUAAGGCUUCAGCUACAAAAGAGAGUUCCUGUAGGGGACUCAGAGGUUGCACCAAAGUACAGGGGCUUGUUGGGUACAGUUGCUACCAUAGCAAAAGAAGAAGGCGUAUUUGCUCUUUGGAAAGGAAUUGUACCUGGCCUGCAUCGCCAAUGUGUUUAUGGAGGCUUAAGAAUUGGGUUGUAUGAACCUGUCAAGACCUUCUUUGUUGGAAGCAAUUAUUCUGGAGAUGUGCCCUUGUUCAGUAAAAUAGUAGCUGCUUUGCUUACUGGUGCUAUAGCAAUAGCUGUGGCAAAUCCUACUGACCUUGUGAAAGUUCGGCUUCAAGCUGAAGGUAAACUGCCAGUUGGAGCACCAAGGCGUUAUGGUGGUGCUUUUCACGCAUAUUAUGCUAUAGUCAGCCAGGAAGGAGUGGCAGCUUUGUGGACAGGGCUUGGGCCCAACAUUGCAAGAAAUGCAAUUGUAAAUGCUGCAGAGCUGGCUAGUUAUGAUCAUGUGAAAGAGACAAUUUUGAAAAUUCCAGGAUUCACAGACAAUGUUCUAACGCAUGUAUUAGCUGGUUUAGGUGCAGGAUUCUUUGCUGUCUGUAUUGGCUCCCCUGUUGAUGUGGUUAAAUCUAGAAUGAUGGGGGAUUCAGUCUACAAAGGCACUAUAGAUUGCUUCUUCAAAACAUUAAAAACCGAGGGAGCCUUUGCUUUUUACAAGGGCUUCUUCCCAAAUUUCGUUCGACUGGGAUCAUGGAAUGUUAUCAUGUUUUUGACAUUUGAGCAACUCAAAAAAUUCUUAAAUUGAAGUUGAGAGAAGACAUCACCCCCAUGUUCAGUUAGCUUCUGGUAGGGGUUCACCUCAAAACUGGAACUACUGAUUUUCGAGACUGUUCCUCUGCAGAAUCAUAGGAGUUCAGAAUAUGACAUAUAUGGAAAUAAAAGAUGUUUUUCCUCUACAAUUGAUGUUCAAAAUGCUCCACUCAAGUUGAUGGUAAUGUUCAUAUCUUUCAUCAUAUCAAUAGCUUGGUCGACAAUUUGAUUACUUGGAGACCAGAUGCAGACAUAUAUAAGCGUUGAUGAUAUGUAGGAACAGUGUAAUUUAUGUAACAUUUGAAUGUUUAAUCAAAUUAUACAGUUGAAAUAUAUUACUCCAUUUUUCAAA